CAGAGGCUCCUCCCCUUCAGUACAUCUGGAGGAGCGUAUGAAGAGAGGCACAUGCCAACACUUUGCUUUAGAACAACACCUCUGAAACAACCGGUUAAAAGCCAGUCAACUUGUUGGAGGACCUGCAUAUCAGCAGAAAAGUUGCUACUCCAUUUAAUCCUGGUUUUUGGCUUCCUGGACACACCCCAGCCCUGAGGCUUCCCCCCCAUCCGAGGAUCAAAGUUCACUGUUCUUCAACACUGACCAGCAGCAUCUUCUAACUCCAGGAUGCCUUUAGGAGGAGGAAAUAAAUGUGGCCGCUGUAAGAAGACGGUUUACUUUGCGGAGGAGGUCCUGUGCGAUAGACAGAGCUUCCACAAGUCCUGUUUCCUGUGCAUGGUGUGUAGAAAAGGCUUAGACAGCACAAACGUUGCUGUUCGUAUGGAUGAAGUUUACUGCAAGGCGUGCUACGGCAAGAAGUAUGGUCCAAAAGGCUAUGGUUAUGGUCAGGGAGCAGGGACCCUCAGCAUGGACAAAGGCGAGGCCCUGGGUAUCGCACACGAAACCCCUGGACCUCAUCAACCCACCACCAACACUAACCCGUCCAAGAUGGCUCAGAAGUUUGGAGGCUCAGAUAAGUGCCCUCGCUGUGGCAAGGCUGUGUACGCUGCUGAGAAAGUGAUCGGCGCUGGCAGUUCCUGGCAUAAGGUGGGAUGUUUCACCUGCGCUGUGUGUGGGAAAAGUCUGGAGUCGACCACGUUGGCUGAUAAGGAAGGAGAAAUCUACUGUAAAGCCUGUUACGGGAAAAACUUUGGUCCCAAAGGGUUUGGAUAUGGACUGGGAGCUGGAGCGUUGGCACACACCCAGUGAUGUCAAACUGUCCAGAUGUUGAGCUGCUCUUUGCCUCCAGCAGAGGGAAGCCUCAGUUCAGCUGAUAGAAACUUCCUUCACACAAAGCUGGACACCACAAAUCAGUAAAGGACUGCAAAUGUUGUUUGGCCCAAUUUCUCCCCCUGGACCUCUUCUUUUUUUUUUUUGUUUUUUUUUUUUUUAAAUCUAAUUAAGGCAAGAAAUGGAGCAGUUGAGUUCUAAAAAGAGCUAAUUUCCCGUUUUAUAGAGGAACAGAAAGUGAAAAUUGAAGCCAAAACCACAUGAGCGCCCCCUGUAGGAUUGCUUUAGUACAGAUUUAAAUCCAAGUAAACCAAUUUAUUUGAAUAUUUACAAGAAAAAAAUACACCUCAAAUCAUUUAGCCAGGUGUUGACUUUUGUUUAAUCAUGUAGUUCUUACCAUCAUGUUGUAUCUUCAAAUAUUCAUUUUUCUAAAAUACUAACCUUUAGUUUCUGCCAGUACAACAUGGCAGCACACAUAAACCAGAUCCUGCUGGUAUUCAUUCUGAACAACACAAGGAGGCUGAGACACUUUGGGUUUUUUUUUUUAAUGUUGACAGGAUGCAGAUGGUGAUGGGAAUCAACAGAUUUACAGCUUGAUCCACUUCACGACUGACCCUAAACUCAAAACUCUUUGUUUUAGGGUCAAUAAAGGUGUCAUAGCUAAGCAACAAUUAAAGAUGUCUGAUGUGGGUGUAUUGUACAGCAAUACUGCUCAAUUUUACAAAAGUGCAAAUCAUGAACAACUAAAAAAGGUAAAAUUGUAAUUAAAAAAAAAAAAUCUGUACCAUGUUGUGCAGUUUUACAUAUUAUAAUUUUCUAUUGGGUUUUCUUUAUACAAAAGUUCAUAAGUUUUGUUAACAUAUACAUAAUUUUGAACACAGAUGGUUAGAAAUUAGAACUUUCUUAAAGGUGUAAGGGCGAAAUUAGUGUUGAAACUAAUUGUAACUGGCAUCUUAAAGCUUUACAAAAAUGAAAAUCUAUGGCAGCUAAGAGAACACUGAUUGAUAAAUCAAAUAAAUUGAUGAAUAUUUUUCUUUUAGGGAGGUUGUGGUCAUCAAGACAUUUAAAUGACACUCAAGCCCCUGGUUGAUGGGCUAGAUUAAGACCAAUAAUUAGGAAGUAAGAAAUAAAAAAGGCACAUUAGUCACGAUGCAAAAACAGAUUGGACCAUCAUUUUUCUUCAUUAUCUUUAUGUAAUCAUAAUAGCUGUUGGAGCAUCAGAUAUCUAUUCUGAGCUCUGCUGGUAAUCUGUAUAAAUGCUUUACACUAAAACUCCUGCAAUGUAUUAUUUGCCCAUUUGUUUUGUUUUAUUUGAAAAUUCAAUUUUGCUACAAGUGUUCCUUUUUUCUCGCAUGUAUCCAUGACCUGAUAAUAAAGAAAAAGGCAAAAAA